AUGUCGGGGCCUGAAUUCCUCGUUGAGGUAGCGAAGGGCCUGAGAAAGGAUCUUGGAUUGUACCUCUUUAAUUUCGAUAUGAUUAGAGAUGGUGAAGGAGAUGGGUAUCUGGUGAUUGAUAUGAAUUACUUCCCUGAUUACGAGAAAUUGCCUUCUUAUGAAACUGUCAUGAUUGAUUUCUUCUUAAAUGUAAAGAAAUUACAGGAGUUGGAAAAGAUGAAAAAGAAGGAGAUCGAUGACAGGUGGAAAUUUGAUAAUCAAAAGAAGAAAGAUUCAAAAGCAGUCGGGUUUUAUGCCAUUAAAAUGGGUUAUGAAUCGACUAUCGAGUGA